GCACCACGUUCCGGCUGCCGGCUCGCGUGCUGGCCGGGCAAGUUUUCGCCUCCUCUCCCUGCUCUCCUUGCUGCGCAUGACGAGCUUGCGAUAGCACGGCUCGCGGCGGCGGCCGCGCACCUGCAAAGCCAACGGCUCUGGCAUAUCGCGACCGCGGCUGAGCGCAGCGCACGCACGUGGUGGCGCUGCACAGGGGGCGAGGACGCUGCCACGUCGCCUCGAAAGGCACUCGUAUCUCUCACGAGCGCGCUGCCGUCAAGCCAUUCCGACGGGCAUGCGCAUCGGCAACGAUGCGCAGCUCCGGCGCAGGUCCAGCUCGAGUCAGCGCACCGAUGCUCGCCGAAGCUUCGGCGCACAAAGCUGUACCGCGGCAGAAGGUGGAGCGCGACGCAGCAAACUCCGGGUCAGCCGCAGUGAGGACCCUGUCCUCGGCGCAACGGAGAACAGGCCGCCUGCCUCGGCCACGCAAAACGUGCCGCUGCGCCGGUGCGCGUGCCUCGGCGUGGCGCUGGCGCCCUCGUGCUGGUGACGUUGCACGGCUGAUCGCCGAGGCAGACCCUGGAGCACGCACGCCACGCUGCCCUGGGCUCAUCGGUGCGCACUCGCUUGCACUCGCUCAUUCGCUAGCACGCGCCUGCGAGAGACGGAAGAUACAUUCGCACGGAGGUUCGAGAAGACAUAGGUCGGACGACUGCAGCGCGCUCGGAUGUCGCGAUGCUUGGGCGACAGCAAGACGGGCUUGUGGCAACGAAGAGGCGGAGCUGCAGAACGGAACUGACAUGGCGUCGGAGAAUCGGGAACCGUGUAGAGAGAGAGCCUAGACAUGAGAGGGCGAUCGCGUCGGGCGAGCAGUUUGAGGUAGCGCUGGACUCGCCAG